GUUUUGAAGUUAUUCUCAAAAGCAAAUCUGGUGCCAAACAAAAGAAGAUGCAAUGGGAGCCUCCAGUGGACCAAGGCUUUCUGGGAUGCAGAAACAAGUCCUUGGUCUAUACAGAGGGUUUCUGAGGGCAGCCCGUGCAAAAUCUGCUGAAGAUCGACAACAGAUUGAGUCACUUGUGUCAAUUGAGUUCCGCCGCAAUGCCAAGGAGGUAGACCCCAAAAAUUUCCUUUACAUUGAGUACUUGCUUCGCCGUGCUAAGAAACAGCUUGAUCAGCUCAUGAGCCCCGAUAUUGUUGGAUUAUCAGCCCUGAAUGUCAGUUUUUCACAGAUAAAACAUCCUACAAAUUGAAGUAAGAAUUUCAUCUAUUCUUAUUUACUUGUCGAGCCAAAUUUAGUUUGAUCCAUUGUUUAACACAGAGCAACAGAGGAAAAUAAAUUUUUGGCUGAAAUUUCCAUGUUACUAUAAAAUCUCAAUGUAAGCUAUUCAGAAAGCUAUAAAUUGUGCGAUUCAUUGAUGGUCAUGGCCUGUUUCAAGUCCUGUUUUCUGUGUUGCUUAUUGUUCGUUAGACGAUAAAUAAAGACCAAAGAUUGAUUUGUGACAAGUUGCGAUAGAAGAUUGUGGUUUGUUUGAUGGGAAUGGUAAGCAAAUAUUACUUUCGAAGACGGAUUAAUAAAAUGAUACAUAGAAAUAUAA